ACUUUGUGCGUCGACGACGACGUCCCUUUUGCACAAACACACAUUAUAUAGACGAGGAGUCAUGGAGGGCGCUCAGCAGACCACAUCCGGUCUUAUAGAUCGCGAGAAUGCGACAAUUGCAGAACUUCUUACUCGAUUUUUAAAUCUUGUAAAGCUUGCUGCAUCGCCGGUUGAAGAGGGUGCCACGAAGGAGGUUGCUGCUGCACAGGCUUUUGAAAUGGAGUGUGAGAGUUCUGCUUUGGUUCGAGCUUCAGAAGACCUCCUCCAAUUGACACGCGAGCUGAAGGAAUUGUGGCUUUUUGGGCCCUUGAGAGGCAUCAAGGAGGGAGAGGGCGAAGGGAAAAUGGACGAAGACUCGAUCAAGGUUGGAGAAAUGGUCGAGGCUCUUUUGAAAAAGACAUCUGGAACGGCAUAAUGGAUACCUUGAUUUGAGCAAAUUCUUUACUGAAUACUAGGCGCUGGGAAAGAAUAACAGGCGUUGGGUGUCACGGGAAGCUUAGAUACCAGGCGUCAUGCCACAAUUAGAUUAUGAUGGUCACAGAACAAUGGGACAUGAAAUGCUUUGGAUUACUUAAUUAUCUGAACCUAGUUGGUUUAUCGUAUGGCGAUGAGUGCUGAUAGAGCUCGACACAACAAGAAGCUACUGGUCACACUACCAUGCCUU